AUGGGCUCUCCAGCCGCAUCCGACUACGGGUCAGAGCUCGAUUACGCCCACGCCGACCUCGAGGCGCAGCUCCAGGCCGCAGAGCGUCCGCCAUCGCCGUCAUCAGCCCCAAGAGUUGAGCGAGCCUCUCUCGUCCACAUCGCCCUCGAAGAGCCGCACGGCGAGGUCCAGUUGGCUCAACAGCAUGGUGUCCUACCUGUCGAGGACGCGCUGCUCGUCCAGGCGCAGGCGCGGGAGAGCUUGUGGGACCGCUUCCGCAAGUCGCGAGGGUGGGGCGCACUGAGCGUGUCGGACCUCACCGGGCCCUCGUGGUGCGAGUGGCAGCACUCGUACCGGCUCCUCACCAAGCCGCACCUCCCGCCGCUCGCCCGCCCGGCCACCAUCACGACCCCGGCCGGCGCCACCAUCGCCGUCGACACGGCGCGCACCGUGCGGCGCGAGGGCGUCCUCGACCGUGGCAGGGCCGUGCACGCCAAGAUCGAGCGCGAGGUCAUGGGCCCCGUCGAGGAGGUCAAGGUCGACGUGCAGGGCAAGGAGGAGUGGUGGGCCCUGCGCAUCCUCAACACGGCGGCAUGCCUCGAGACGCUUCUCGAGACGGGACGAGUUCGCGAGGUCCCUGUCGUCGGCUGGGUCGGCGAGUUCCUCGUCUUCGGUGUCUGCGACGAGAUCGAGCGGCGCGAGAUCCCGCCACCGCCCUCCCCUCCUGCGCCGACCAAGCGCGACCUCGUCGACCCGUCAACCGCUCCACGACCUUCGACGCCAACGACGCCCAAGAAGGACCAGCAGUCGACGCUCAAGCACUUCUUCGCGCCUGUCGAGUCGCCGUCGAGACGCGCCAAGGCCAAGGAGUGCCAGGACGGUGUCGUCGACCUCACGAGCGAGGAGGGCGAGGUCGAUCCGCCGGCGGGACCGAGAUGGCGCUUUGUCCUGAGCGACACCAAGACUCGGUUCAACCGCUCGAUCCCGCCCGAGGCCGAGUCGCGCGCAGCCCGACUGCAGCUCAUGCUGUACCGCCGCCUCCUCCUCUCCUUCCUCCCUCCCUCACCCUCAUCCUCGUCCUCAUCGAGUCCGCCACCCUUCUCCUGGGCCCGCCUCUACGCCCACCACGCCCUCGACCCCUCGAAACCCUUGUCGCCCGCCUUCCUCGCGUCGAUCGCGCCCCUCGUCGUCGGCACCCCCACUUUCGCCGGCGCGGCGUCGCUCGACGACUUUGUCGCCGUCCUCGGCCGGUACGGCGAGCUGCUCGGCGGCCCCGGGUGGCUCGCCGACGAGAUGGACAUCUCGUACCGGUUGCGCGGGGACGACGAGGGCGAGCGAGGCGGCGGGACGAGGAAGAAGUGGAAGGGGCGACGAGGCGCCAAGAAGCGCGAGAGGGAGGGCGGCGGCGAAAGCGGGAGCAAACGCAGGGAGGAGGAGGUGGUCGUCGUCGAGCAGGAUUUGGGGCGGGCGGCGAGGGAGGCGGACGAGGAGGAGGACUUGCGGCGGGCGAUCGAGCUCAGCCUGCAGGACGUCGGCGGCUCUCCCUCGGUCGAGGACGAGACGCCGGGCGGGACCGUCGGCGACGCGCGGCCGCCAGACGAUGGCGCCGUCGCCGACGAGGCCGACGGUGGCGACUCGCAACUCGACGACUCGCAACAACCCUUUCUCGCCAACCCAUCCCUUCCUCUUCCUCUCCCAACACCUCGCACAUCUUCCUCCCUCGGCGCCGACAGCGCCGACGAAGCCUCGACGUCGCCGUUGUUCGGCCUCGCCGACGCGUUCGCGCUCCCGCUCAACUCGCAGGCCGACCCGCCCGCCGCGCCGGCCCCGGCAGGGCGGUACAACCUUCGGCGCCGUCCCGCUACGGCGCCGUCGUCCACGUUGGCGCCCGAGCCCACGAGCGAGGCUGCGCCGCCCUUGCCCGCCGCGCUCGGACCUCUUCCGCCCUCGCCACCUCCUGCCGCUUCUCCUACCCGGCGUCCCGCACCUGCACCCGAGCCCGAGCCCGAGCCACUCGACCCGUCUUUCAUCGGCACGACCACCUUUCGCAACUCGCCCGUCGAGCUCAAGGCAUGGCUCGCAAGCGUCCUCUCGUACUGGCGCAGCGAGCGAGUCCCGAUCGGCGUCUCGCCGAGCGAGACCAACCGGUGCCGGACGUGCGAGUUUGAGGACGGGUGCGAGUGGAGGGCCGAAAAGGCGAGGGAGGCGGCCGACAAGGCGAGGCGGAGGAGGGAGGAGAAGGAGGCGAGCAGGACGAGGAGCGGGGUGUGAGCGCGAGGGGUGUGUCGCUCUCUCUGUUCGGCUUGUUGUCGUAUCGAUGUCACGCUCUC